AUGGCCCAACCUGAAGAAUUCGAGCCUACGGACAUUCUGAAACAUCGUUAUCAAGACCCUAGCGUUUUGAUAACUUACUUGAAGACGCUGGGUUUCACGGAUGACAAGAUCACGGUAAAGCAUCUAAGAGACGGCCAGAUCGGGCUGAGACUGCCGCGAAAACUCGAAAAGGAAGAGGUCGAGGGAGCGCUCAAUGCUUUUAUCCAGGCUGAGAGGGACCGUCAAAACGAUGAUGAGGAUUGA